AUGAGCCCAUUUUUCAUAUCAGGGCCACUGUUGGACAACGCUGGAGAGCUUUCCGGAAUCAACUUCACCUCAGACUUUCACAUCCUUCAGGGAACACUACUACAAAUGAACAAUCAUCUGCUACCAUACCCUUACAACCAAGACCGUUCCCGUCCCUUCUUUCAAUGUGAGACCUUGGCCAAUGUACUAUAUGGCUUCCACCGUCGUUUUCAACCUCCUGCUGCUUCACAAUCCAGUAUAAAGCCAAUUGAAGUUGUUUGCAUUUCAGAUACUCACAACCUGACCCCAAAUACCCCCCCUGGUGACCUUAUAAUUCAUGCUGGUGACUUGACUAAGCACGGCUCAUUUGAGGAGCUUCAUGACCAGCUUCAAUGGCUGUCUGCCCUCCCACACCCUCAGAAAGUGAUUAUCGCGGGAAACCAUGAUCUUCUGCUUGAUCCAAGUUUUCUUGACCAUCACCCUACUCGCUCCCCCGAAAAUUCCAGGUCGUCUGCCUUGGAUUUAGAUUGGAACAAUCUCAAUUACCUCCAGGACUGCUCUGCCACUUUGACCUUUUCAAAUGGAAGGAACUUGAAAGUUUUUGGCUCACCUCAAACACCAGAAUUUGGUGUUUGGGCCUUCCAAUAUCCAGCAAUCAGGGAUGUCUGGACCCACAGAAUUCCAGAUGACACAGAUAUAGUGGUAGUUCAUGGCCCACCUGUGCUUCAUUAUGAUGUCAGCAAGCAAGGAGAUGGAUAUUUAUUAAGAGAGUUAAGAAGAGCGAAGCCACAGCUUGUUGUGUUUGGUCAUAUUCAUGAUGGAUAUGGAGAAGAUAGCCUUUUCCAUGAUGGUGUGCAGAGUGCAUGGGAAGAUGCAAUUCUGCAAAGAAGUGGCAUUGUUGCAAUCAUUCGCAUGACUUUCUGGAUAAUUGUGGUAUGGCUUAAAGUCUUGCUGGGACUCCCACAACCCAGCCCAACAAUGUUGGUUAAUGCAGCUGUUACCCCAGGAGUGAAGAAUGUAAAAAAGAAGGAGCCUAUCAGAUUGAAAAUAUGA